GCGAGGGAGGUUUCAUAACCGCGCAAGCUGCUGCAUUGUUCGCGUAGCUAGGGUUCUGAAAUCGUCUCCAACUCUCGGCAACAAUGGCGAAGAAGAGAACCAGACAUCAGAAUCCAGAGCCAUUCCUCUCCGACGAAACCGCUUCUUCUGUAUCCAAGAAACGCGACAAACCUCCCAAACACCAUCAGCAAGUACAGAAGCGUAUAUCGUCGGGUAUCAGUUCGAAGAUUUUGAAUGAAGCUUUGAUUCAGCAAAAGGAGAUUGAGGAAGAGGCCGAAGGCCAAGAUCGUAACAACGUGGUCUUUGCGCAAGAGCCGGCCGCUGCAGCCGACUUGGACGAGGGCGACAUCGACGACUUCGGCGGCUUCUCCGAGACUCGAAGCCAAUUCGACGGAUAUGAGGAAGAGAUUGACGAGGAGGAUGAGCAGCUAUUGGAGGCUUUCAUUUUAAAGGAUGCUGGUCCGCAGCGCACAUUGGCAGACCUAAUUGUUGAGAAGAUCAAGGAAAAAGAUGCCCAGGUUUCCUCAGAAGUGCGUCCUUUACCCAAAUUGGAUGAUUCUAUCAUUGAUUUAUACAAGGGAGUUGGCAAGCUUCUUGGUAAAUACACUUCAGGCAAAAUUCCUAAAGCAUUCAAACACAUACCUUCGCUGCAACUUUGGGAGGAAGUAUUAUACCUAACUGAACCUGAGAAAUGGUCACCAAAUGCAAUGUACCAAGCCACAAGAAUCUUUGCUUCCAAUUUGGGUGUGAAGAAGGCUGAGCGCUUUUACAAGCUUGUCUUACUCCCUCGGGUUCGAGAAGAUAUUCGAAAGAAUAAGCGACUGCAUUUUGCCUUGUAUCAAGCUUUGAAGAAGUCUCUGUACAAACCAGCCGCCUUCAAUAAGGGAGUAUUGUUUCCAUUAUGUGAGUCAAGGACUUGCAAUUUAAGAGAGGCGGUCAUUAUUGGGAGCAUUAUUCAAAAGGUGUCCAUUCCUCCACUCCACUCAAGUGUUGCACUAUUGAAGCUUGCAGAGAUGGAGUACUGUGGUACAACAAGUUAUUUUAUGAAGCUAUUGAUUGAGAAGAAGUAUGCUUUACCUUAUCGGGUACUUGAUGCUAUGGUUGCUCAUUUCAUGAAAUUCCUUGAGGAUGAAAGAAUAAUGCCUGUAAUCUGGCAUCAAUCGCUUCUGGCCUUUGUGCAAAGGUACAAAAAUGAGUUGAGGAAGGAGGAUAAAGUUAACCUAAACAUUCUAGUUGGAAAGCAGAGGCAUAAAUUAGUUACGCCUGAAAUAUUGACGGAGCUAAAUAAUAGUCGCAACCGGGGGGAGAAGGAGGAAGAUCUCAUGUCAUUUGCAUCACCAAUUUCUGUUAUUAACAAAACAAUAGAAGAAGACAGGUUUGACAUCCCUGAUGUUCCCAUGGAAGAAGACUAAGUAUUAUGGCGACUAUUCUCGUAGACCAUUGCAUGUAAUAUAUACGUGGGUGAGCUCCAUAUUGGUUGCUUUCAUGGUCUGAGCCAAGUACACGCGCGUUAAAUUAUGGAGUAAAAUUCUGUUAGGUUCCAUUCACUUGUUCGUUAUGUUAUAACUGUAGUAAUAGAAAUUUUGUUUUGAUUUGCCUUGGAUGUAAAAUUGUGAUAGAUAUUGAAAAAUUUAGCUCUAUAAACAUCUCGCAAAGGUAUGUUGUGGAUUGAGCAGCAA